CGUCGUGUUGUUCUUGUCGCUGCAUUUCGUGCUUCCAUUAUACAGCUGACUACCUGUACCAGUGUCCCUCUCAGUGUGUGCGCGUGUGUCUUUGCAGGAUGCGCGUCUAAUUGGCGUUUAUAGUUGUUUAGCCCAGCUGCAAGCCAUUUGAAUUGCAAAAUUUAUGGAAAUGUUGCGCCUGCUUUGGCUUUUAUGCGCUGCAUUUGGCCAAUUCAGUGAUCCUGUCUUAGCUGAAAUCGAAUAUAAUACCAUCAAUGCCGAUGGAUCGUUUCAAUUUCGACAUGCAAAUGAUGACAUUGGCGGCUACUAUCACAGCGCCUCUGGCACUCCGGACAACAUCGUGCGAGGUCGUUAUGGUUCGCGUAGUCCAGCGAGCGGACAGAUCGAAGAGACCGUCUAUACAGCCGGACCACGUGGCUUUCGCGUGAAUGGACCGAAAAUACAUCGUAAAAUGGAUUUGGCACAGUAUCCGGUACUUCCACGUGGCAGUCCCGAUGAUCCCCUCGCCGAUCCCUACGAUGAUCCCUCCUACAGCUUCAGCUAUCGCUCGUCGGAUCAGUCUCGCAGCGAGGAGAAUGAUGCCAACAAUAGAAUAAGAGGUCUCUACUCCUAUUUGGAUGAUGUGGGUGAGCGGCACAGCGUGCGUUAUGCUGCUGGCGCUGGAACGGGCUUUGAGAUUUCCAAUGCGGUACCUGAUAAUCCCGUUAGUGUCGGCUACUCCAGUCCGCUGUACAAGGCGCAUCCCAAGACUCGUGGCAAAAUGUCCGUACAGCGGGGUCCGGCGGGCACCUACAAGCUGAUUGCAGCUGGUCCGGAUCAUCGACGUGCCGAGAGUCGUGCUCCAGAUGGAUUAGUGCGCGGCACCUACUCCUUCCUGGACGACAAAGGCGUGCAGCGCACUGUGGAGUAUAUAGCUGGGGCGGGCAUUGGCUACCGAGUGGUGAAAAAUAGAGUGGGACCUGGUACUCACAUAAAUCCCUCCGUAGCGGACUUUCGACUAAGCGACACGGAUUUCCGAUUGGCUAAUGAUUUUGGUCGGGGAGCGGGCGGGAAAUUGGGCGGAGGCGGUGGUGGCAGUGGGAGCAGUGUUGGUGGUAGUGGCAGUGGUGCCAGUGGUAUUGGUGGUUCAGGAACAAGUGGAGCUAGUGGACCAAGUGGUGACGGUGGAGGUGGUGGUAGAGGGCGAAUUGGCGGCGGAGGAGCUGGCACAGAUUACUUAAAAGCUGGAGGAAAGACAGAUAUAAGAGUAGCUGGAAACGGGUUAGAUAAUGCUGAAGAUGACAUUGAAUUGAACAGCAACUCCGGUGGAUCUGCAACUGCAGAUGGUGUGAAGUCUGAUCGAAGAGGCUAUGCGGCAGGCAGCUCGCAAAGAGGCAGCACCAGAUAUGAUGGAGGUGGUGGAAAUGGAGGCGGAGCUGGAGGUGGAGGUGGCGGCAGAUAUGAUGGAGGAGGAAAUUCUGGAACUGGAGGAGGCGGAGGAGGUAGAUAUAAUGGAGGAGGAGGAAGUAGAAGCGGAGGUGGCGGUGGAGUUGGCGGGGGCGGUGGUGGAUACAGAGAGAGCAGCUCUGCAGGCAGCAGAAAUCGAGGUGCCACAAGCACGAAUCGCCUCAAUGCAAGUGGAUCAAGAAAUCGCAAUAGAUUUAGUGGGGCUGGUGGAGGAGGAGGAGGAGGAGGUAUAGGUGGCUUAGCUUCCGCUGAAGGCAUAGCCACUGGAUCAGGCAGCGCAGCUAGUGGACCGGAUGACAAUUACAAUCUGAAUGAUGAUGAUGUGGGUGGCUCCCUGCCCCCGCUGGUGACCACCAAUCAUCGCAUACUGGAAAUUGAUCGGGAUCGAGAGUGGGUGCAACGACAUCGCGACUCCACGAUCAUUAGGAAUGUGGGCAAAUGGUAUGUGGGUCUGCCACCAGGCCAAAGUGUCCGAGCUCAUGUGCAGAACAUAGAUAUUUUGCCACUUGGCGGACGAGUCGCAUUGUCACCAUCGGAGGCACUGCGCCAGGACGAGAUGGCCGAGCUGGCCGCCUCCAGGGAGCACUAGAAGGCAAUAACUAGUUGUAGUUGGAUAGCUAAUAGUUGUUAGUUAAGUAAGUGCUCGCAACUAAGAUAAGUAACUGAAACGGUGUCAACUGCGGUUGCGCGUGGUUUCAGCUGUAACUGUAACUGUAACACUAUUUAUGCUAAAUACAUAAUACAUUUGUGCGUGUCUAUGCCAA